GCCCCGCAGCGCCUGCAUGACUGUCACAAAGAUGUCCUGGCGCCCGCAGUACCGCAGCUCCAAGUUCCGGAACGUGUAUGGGAAGGUAGCCAACCGGGAACACUGCUUUGACGGCAUCCCCAUCACCAAGAACGUGCAUGACAACCAUUUCUGUGCUGUCAAUGCUCGCUUCCUGGCCAUUGUCACCGAGAGCGCAGGAGGUGGCGCCUUCCUAGUCAUCCCCCUGGAGCAGACGGGCAGAAUUGAACCCAAUUACCCCAAGGUCUGUGGUCAUCAGGGCAACGUGCUGGACAUCAAGUGGAACCCCUUCAUGGAUAACAUCAUCGCUUCCUGCUCAGAGGAUACAUCAGUGAGGAUCUGGGAGAUCCCUACUGGAGGCCUGAAGCGCAACAUGACAGAGGCCAUCCUGGAGCUCCACGGCCACAGCCGGCGAGUAGGGCUAGUGGAAUGGCACCCCACCACCAACAACAUCCUCUUCAGUGCUGGCUAUGACUACAAGGUUCUCAUAUGGAACUUGGACGUGGGGGAGCCGGUGAAGAUGAUCGACUGCCAUGCUGACGUCAUCCUCUGCAUGUCCUUCAACACAGACGGGAGCUUGCUCAGCACCACUUGCAAGGACAAGAAGCUACGUGUGAUUGAGCCACGCUCAGGCCGCGUGCUGCAGGAGGCGAACUGCAAGAACCACAGAGUGAGCAGGGUGGUUUUCCUGGGAAGUACGAAGCGACUGCUCACCACGGGCGUCUCCAGGUGGAACACGAGGCAGAUCGCCCUCUGGGACCAGGAGGACCUGUCCAUGCCCCUGACUGAGGAGGAGAUCGACGGGCUCUCGGGUCUCCUGUUCCCCUUCUAUGAUGCUGACACCCACAUGCUCUACCUGGCUGGAAAGGGAGAUGGAAACAUCCGGUACUACGAGAUCAGCACGGAGAAACCUUUCCUGAGUUACCUCAUGGAGUUCCGCUCCCCAGCCCCACAGAAAGGCCUGGGGGUCAUGCCCAAGCAUGGGCUGGACGUGUCAGCCUGUGAGGUUUUCCGCUUCUACAAGUUGGUGACUCUCAAAGGCCUUGUUGAACCCAUCUCCAUGAUCGUGCCCAGGAGGUCAGACUCGUACCAGGAAGACAUUUACCCCAUGACGCCUGGCACUGAACCUGCGCUCACCCCUGAUGAAUGGCUGGGAGGCAUCAACCGAGAUCCCGUGCUGAUGUCUUUGAAAGAAGGCUACAAGAAGUCCUCCAGAGUGGUAUUUAAGGCUCCCAUCAAAGAAAAGAAGAGUGUAGUGGUCAAUGGGAUAGAUUUAUUAGAGAACGUCCCGCCCAGGACAGAGAAUGAGCUCCUCCGAAUGUUCUUCCGGCAGCAGGAUGAGAUCCGGAGGCUGAAAGACGAGCUGAACCAGAAAGAGGUUCGGAUCCGGCAGCUCCAGCUAGAACUGAAAAACUUGCGCAACAGUCCCAAGAGCUGUUAACUCGGCACCGGGCUGCGUGUGCAACUGUUCUCCACCUUCUCCCUUCACGCCCCCUUAGCCAGCGACCCCAAAGCCAGGCCUGGAGCCAGGGACAGCCUGAGGACCGCACCUGCCACCCUAAGACCUGGAAGCAACCCAAGAGCCCGGAGCUGAAGCUGAUAAAUGCCCUGGCCUCUCCUGGGCACCCACCAGGCAGCCCUUUCUCCAGGCUCUGCCCCUUGGGGGUGCUGGGAGGGAGAAAGCCACAGACUGCAGAGGGGGCAGGAAGCAGCCAGGAUCUCAGGAGACUUAAAACGUGCGCUUCUCCCCAUCAUCACUGGCUGCAGGAUGGGGCCCUGCCUGCUGGAGGGCUCCAGGCACCCUCAACAGACCAUGGGGGGGUCCCUCUGUCCAGCCUUACCCCAGGGGUGCACUCAGCUCCUUUCUCUCAUCCUGCCCCUUUCUCGUCUUCAGGGAAUUUGCUCGCCAAUGCCAUAAGGACCUGCCGCCUUCCUGUGUGUCUCUUCAAAGCUCUUGCAUUUCCUUACCCGUUUCCGUCAUGAGGUAGGCAGGGUGGAGGGCAAGUAUCCCUCUGUACAAAAUACAGGGCUGAAGGUUGUCAUGGGAAUGUCUUACCAAGACACCCGGAAGUCAAUGGGACCCCCCACCAACACCUGGGGCCUUCAGACUCCAGAGCCAGACCCGUCCACUAUAGACCUAUGUCCAUUUCUUGGAGAAAGAACCAGAUGCCCCUCCGAGUAUCUGCCCAACGGUGCCAAUGUGUACAUGGCCCAGUGAAGGCCCUCACACUCAGUGCCCCUUGGUUCAGAUCUCCCUAGACCCCACCAGCUGUUCCCAGCAUCCAGGGGCCUGAAUCCAUCCGAGAUGAGGCCUCUUUCUGCUGGAGGCGGAGGCUGAGAGGGUGGAGCGGGGCCCUGGGGUGCAGGAGAGAGCAGAGCUGGGGUUUGGUUCUCCCAUAGAAGCCCUGCAAGCACCUCUCAGCCACUUUCAGCCUUACACUUGCAGGCAGGACACCGCAGCCCCCAGCUGUUUUGAGCGCUUUCACUUUUACACACUUCUCCGACAUGUGUGUUUCUGGCCACUUUCUGUCCUGCCUGUGGGAGGAGGAGCAUGGGCAGGUGGCCCUGGCACAGACUCCCAGACACCACAUUUCAUUUGGUCUCUGGAUCACUCUUUAUUUUCUUCCUUCAUUAUCCACUGCUGCAUCCAUAGUUCCUGUUUUUCCUAAGGUCUUAGGGAAUGGGGAUCAGGAAAUGGGUGCCCCUUCUUCCCUCUUUAAUCUAGGAGCUACCUAGCACAGUAUACCCUGCCCCUGCAUUUCCUCUAGCCCCCCCCCUUCAAAAAGAGCCUCAUUCCCAGAAGCCAGGCAUUCUGCCCAGGCUUUUCCUCCAAGGCGCCUCUGCCUCUUGGCCAGUGAAAGCGGGAUCUCCCCACCCACCCUUGCCGCUAAACAGCACCUGCUCAUCUCCACACCCCACACUUCUUGAACCUCUUUGGUUUAUUUUUUUCCUUCCCCAGGGACCUUGGUGGUCUUCUGUGAUUAUUUAUGCUGCCUCCCAAGGAUAGAAUUGAAAUAAAUUGUUUUCAUUUUACCCA